AUGGAAGCUGCUAUGUCAGCCAUCUCGGCGGGUCCUCCUGGAUCUGCAGGCCCCUCAGGUACUAGGGGAAUAUCCGGGCGCGUGAUACAUCCAAGGCAUUCUGUCGUGGACGGAAUUACCCAGUCAAAUGCUAGCAUGGCGUUAGAUAAAAGUGCAUAUAUAGACAUCUCCCAGGAGGUACAUGUCAAUGGCAAUAUGAACAACAAUAUGAACAACAAUUACGAUCAUCAGCAAGCUCAGUAUGGCCAACCUUAUUCAAAUUUAAAUAGUAUGGGCGGUCUGCCUCCUCCUAUGGCUAAUUUGGCUCCUCCAGGCUCUUCUAGAAACGGAUCUCUUACCUCUGGCGUCUCCUUCAACAGGUUUAUGAAGAGUAAAUUCUCUCGUACCGCUAAUAGAAAUGGCCACAGAAAGAACAAGGAGUCCAAAUUUGAUGACGAUGAUUUCAAUGGCGAUGGAAAUAUCAAUACCAACAUUACAGAGCCUGAUAUGUCUUUCGAUGACUUGAAACAUAUUCGUGGAGGAGGAAGAUAUGGAAUGGGAGCAUCCGCGUUUUCAUUGGACGCUUCUUCUUACGUUCCGAUGUUCAAUAUUGGCCCGUCAACAAGUUCGAAGCCAGGAGCUAACAGCUAUAGUCCCAUUUCCAACGAGUCUUAUAGAAAGCAACAGGUAACACACAAGAAAAUGAUGGCCAUGCGAUAUUCUCGCCUGUCUCAGACUCAGUUACAGGGAGGACAGGGAGGAGCUUCUCUUGGGCCUGGUGGAGAAAUGUAUCCACCAAGAACUAUGAGUUUACAAACCUUUGGUCAGGGAAAUAGGCAAGUAAUGCCAAUGAAUGGACCAGGAAUGCAGCAAAUGAAUGGACUUGGAAUGCCAAUGAAUGGGCCUGGAGCGCCAAUGAAUGGGCCCGGAGCGCCUAUGAAUGGUCCCAUCAACGGACCUAUGCACUUAAACAGCUUAGGAGGUGGUGGUGUUCCUCCGAAUAUGCCUCCUAUGGGUGGUUAUCCACAUACCAUGUCUAUGCAAUCCGCUGGAUACUACGGCAGAAAUGGUGGCCCAAGACAGAGGUUUAUGCCACCUCAAUCUCAAUUCAUGAGACCCCCUUUUGGUAGUCCCAAACCUGACAUGCGCAGGGUACCUCAGUCUACUUCUCAGUCUUCGUUACAACAAUCAAUGCCCGGAUAUCCAAAUCCAUCUUACAGAAACAAUUCCUUGACCCAGAGACAGCAGCCUAUGUAUUCAGGUCCUCCUCAAGGUUAUCAAAAUCAACAACAGCGUCAACCUAUGAACUAUCCGGCUCAACGUUUUCAUCAAUCACAAAGUCUAGAAGAUUUACCGGAAUCCGAUUCUCAAACUCAAGAAACACAAGUACCACCACCCCAGUCUCGGUCUCAAUUCUCGCAAAUUCCUGAAGCCCCUCCCAUACCAGAAGUUCUGCCUAUAUUGCUUCCACAGCGUCAAUCGCAAAAACCGAUGGCUGCCCCUCCUGAUCAUUCAAGUAAACCAGCAUAUGAUUAUAAUGUACCAAGUUCUAGAGAGACGCAAGAGGUUCCUAUUCAUUCUCGUGAUCCUUCUUCCUCUUUGGUUGCCGAAUCUUACAGUUCUAACGUUAAUCAGGCAGGUACACUAACAUCGUAUCGUUCAGAUAUAUCACUACAGCAUGAUCAGGCGCCUAAAAGUAUGGUCUCGACGUCUCCGCCUCAUGUGUUUCAACCUCAGGCAGGAAAGGUCAAGGUUAAUCGAUAUGUGUUCACCGAUAGUGAAGAUGAAGAGAAUGAUGAAGACGAAAGUCAAGAAGGAGACGGUGAGCAGUCUCGAAAAUCAGAAGGGCAGUAUUCCACAGAUGCUUCUAAUUCUAAUUCGAUGGAAUCUCCUAUUCCCCAGCGAACCUCCAAGACUGCCUCCUCAACUACGGAUGCUGAAUAUUUCUCGGUCGAGAAAGUAACUUCUGAGGGUAUUGUAUCUCCCAGCGGUUCUUAUCUCAAAGAACUAGGAGCACCAGCGCUUAUGAAUGACAAUUCAUCUUAUGCUUCCUCUUCUACCUCGUAUGACAGUGAUUCCAUACGUAAGACACCGGACAUUACCCUCAAGCAUGAUCGAUUCACAGAUAGUGGCGAUAAAGCUAUGAAGGUAAGUGGCGAGAGUUUUGACUUUACGUCGAGCCCUGGCAAAAAAGAUAGGGAAAUUCUGCUUCCAGACGGUGAUAACGACGGCGAGACAUCUUCUGCGAGAGGCAACAUCGAGAUCACUAAGCAUGAGCUUCUUGAUGAGCUGAACAAUAGUGUGAGAAAUGCAGACAUGAAGCAAGGGGUGCUCACGCCUCCAGCUGAACAUCACAAGAUCAAGAGCAUGAUUCCUGAUUACUUGAACGAAGAGUUCAGAAAUGGGAACUCUAGGGCUCAAGAGUCGAAGAAUACUGAGAUUCCUAGCUGGACACCAAGUUCCAGUGAUGCUGUAGGCGCUAUUGGCACUAACGUCGCAGGUUUAAUUGCCUCACAAAGUCAAGGCACCAGUCAGACUGAUUCGAGUAAUAGUUUUCUUCCGCAUAAGAAGUCGUCCGACGUUACCUCGGCUUCAAAUCCGGUCUAUUCGAACAAUAAGGUUCCAUCAUAUACUCAAUCGGUCGCCAGCACUUCACAAAGUCGUGCUACCUCAGGCGUUUCAUCAGCUUCUUUUAGAAAGGCACCACCACCAUUGCCCAAAGACGGUGUUGAGGGUUAUCAAAAAAAGAAUAUUAUUCUAGUUUCCCCUGAGACAUCUUCUAAUCUUCAAGAGAAUCACCAUAAAAGUAAUUCUACGCUGAGCAGUAUAGAGAAUGCCUUUGCAAGAUCUCCGAAGAUGGCAGGCGCAAAGAAUUUCUUUCUGAAGAUAACACAGAGGCAUAGGCACCAUUCCUCGAAGGGUAGCAAGAGCAGUGACAAGGAUGCUCAGGAAGCCGAGUCAUUUAAAGUGUAUCCUCCGCUUCCUAAUGCAAGCAUUGGCCAGCCUCUUGGAAAAUCUGCUAAUUUGGUGGAAGAGAAAAAGAAGUCUCUUCCACCAGAGCCGCUUGCUAAGGAUAAUGACCCACUUUUGAACUACCGGUUAACUCUCAACAUUCCAAGGGAUGACAACUCGGAUCAUAGGUUGACUAAAUUCUUGGAAAUGGACAAUUACAGUAAUAAGACACCUACAGAGUCUAUACUUCCUAAAAGGAUUGUGGGUCCGGUGGGCGAUAAGUUUAUACCGAAAAUUAACGUUCGUUACAAAACGGACUUGAAAGAGUAUCUACAACCUUCUCAGUUGGGUGUUCUUAACGAUAAUACUAAGUUGUUGAAGGAGCUACAGAUUGUUUCAACAGAGUUGGCUGGAUCCAUAUCCAGAGAAUUAACAUUGGAAGGUAAGCUUAGAGCUAAAUCCCUUGUGAGUGCUUCAAUAUUGAAGGAAACUGAGAAUGGUUCUAAGGUUUCCGAACUAACGGAGCAAUUGAAUGAAGAAAGGAGGAAGCGCUACGCUACGGAAGAAAUGAUAUUGAAGCGAUCGGAUGGAGUUAGUGACAAUUCUCAGAUGACAGAGAUGGGAUACAAGAACUCAUCGUUAAGCAAGAAGAUUGUGGAAUUGGAAGAUCAGCUGCAGUCAGAAAAGAUGCGAACGAACCUCUUGGAAGAGGAAAGAGACAAAUUGAAGAGCAGUUUGGAGGAUAUGAGUAAGAAGUAUCGGGAUCUAACGAAUAAUGUGGUUCCGGAGCUUCAAAAUCAGGUGGAGAUUCUUUCUAAUUCGAACAAUCCUCAGAAUUCACUGGAAGAACGUUUGGAAUCACUCCAGUUGGAAAACGAAAGCUUAAAACAGCAGCAGAUCUCGGAAUCGGAUGAAGUUACAGUGCUUAAGAGUCAACGUGACUCGUUUAGAGAAGCAUUGAAGAAUCUGAAGAUACAGAGAGACAUUGAUUUUCGAAUGAAUGCUGAGAAGGUGAAGUCUCAGGAGCAUACAGUCAACAAGCUCUCGAGCAUAAACGGACAGCUUUCAAGGAAGUUGUUGGCUACUGGAUUAAUGGGCAGGGGAGAGAUCAGCAUAGUCGGUUCUCCUAGCAUACGGACUAACACCUCUUUUGAGGAUUCUCCUUUGAUGGAAUGA